GUGGUUUCUUUAACUGGACCUCUCGAUCGGGAUUACGAUGAUGUUCGACGUUUCACUGAAGCUUCAAAAGAGGGCAUUUCCCAGGCAGUUAAAAUUGGAUCUACCAAACCCAUUCUUGCAUUGGUGCAGCCGAAGGCGACAACAAAACUAGAUUCCAAUUGGACGAAACCGGAAACACUGUGUCUGGCUACCGUCCUUGCUGCACUAGAGGCACUGUAUGUGCGUCUUAGCGGCGAGCGUUAA